GUCAGAUUGAAAGUGACUUUGGUUUUGGGUCCAAAAAAGAUUGAAAGAUCCUAUAAAAAAAAAAAAAAAAAAAAAAUGAAAGUGACCUUCAUACAUUUAUAUUUCUCUGUGAAAUUUCAUAAAAUCAAAAUCCAGUUCGGCAGUUCACCUUCCAAUUCGUACGGUUAGAGGAAAAACCCGAACUUUCUCUUCCUACACAAACCCCACUGUGGUUGAACUAUAUUUUAUUUUUUUCACAGCUACCCAUUUGUUUUUUGAGCAAUUGGAAGCCCAAUUCUUGCCGAUCCAGAUUGGGUCUUGCAAAAACUGUAUCUGGGUUCUUGAAUUUCAGGCUUUGAUUUCUUGAUUGCAAGUGUUGAAGUGGAGAAAACCCAGAAAAAUAUUGAGUGGGAAAGUUUGACAUUGUUCUUUUUGAACUUUGAAGACAAUCUUUGUAAUUUUAUGAUUGGUUGCUGGAAAUGAUGGGGUAUGGGUUUUGACUCUUGAUUAAUAAAAGCCAGCGUUGAACUUCUAGGAAAUGAGUAGGUCUCCUUCCUUUUCAGUGAAGACAGAACUUAGUCCAAAGCUUGACCCUGCAUCUUUGCGGCAAUGGGUUGUGGCCUUUUGUAUUAUUAGAUUUGAUCUUGAACAGGGUCAGCUCAUUGAAGAGUGUUACCCACCUGGCUGUCUUACAAAAGAUGAGGAACUUGAAAUCGCUUUUAGUUCGUUCCCAGAUUCCGUUUCCCAGCACCAGAACCGUUCAAGUAUUCAUGAUUGUAUCUUCUUUUUCCGGUUUCGAAGGCAGAAUGAUUCUCAAUCUGUCCUUGUCUCUUCCUCGGAGAUAACUGAAGUUGAUAAGGAGUUGUCUCCAAAGUCCACAGACAAAAGAAAUCUGACAAGAUCCAAUACUCGCAAGAAUAACAAAGAUUCAAGACACAUGUAUGGUUAUGUUUUUAAUAGACAGAGACAUGAUGAGAGGCUAAAGCGAGGUGGUGAGCAGAAGUCUGUGGUAAUUUUGUCUCUCAGUCCUUAUUCCAGUGUGUUUAGACCUUUGUUACAAAUCAUGGGUCCAUUGUAUUUUGACAUAGGAAAAAAAGCUCUUGAGCAUAUUGCUGCUUUUGUUUCAAUGUGGCCUGCGCCUAAACCUGGUAAACUAAUGGAUCUCCCUAUAGGGAAUGCAAUGCUUAAAGUGAACUUGCCACCUGCUCAUAGCUUGCCGUCAGAAAGUGGAAUGUUGUUUGAAGAGUCUGCUUACUCUAUGGCUCCUUUUCUUCCCAAUAAUCAGUCAGUACCGCAGGGUCUUUUCCAUGAUUCAGAUCUUUUUGGUACAUUCCGGGGGCUUCUAUUGCAGCUCUGGGUGUUGUGGGAAUUAUUACUGAUAGGUGAGCCUAUUCUUGUAAUUGCACCAACACCUCCCCAGUGUUGUGAGGCUGUUGCCAGUCUUGUGAGUUUGGUUGCACCACUACUUUAUAGUGUUGAUUUUAGGCCUUACUUUACAAUUCAUGACCCUGAGUUUGCCCACUUGAACUCACUUCAAGAAGGAGACACAUUUCCUCCAAUUGUUUUGGGUGUGACAAACCUUUUUUUCCUUAAAGCUCUCCGUAAGAUCCCCCACAUUGUUUCAGUUGGAAGCCCAGCUCCCAACUCAAACCGGCUUGCCUUCACAACGAGAUCUUCUAGUGGAAAAUUUUCUGCUAGAUCAGAAGCAUUUGGUCUUCAACAGCUUUCCUUGAAGAAGUUUUCUCCUUCAAACUUGUUAAGUGCUGUGAAGUUGAAAAGAGAUGGUCCUCUUUGUCUCAUGACAGAACAUAAGGAAGCCAUCUGGACCACUUAUGGUGCAAUAAUGAAGCCGGACACUUCUAUCUUAAAUAGGCUUAUAGAUGCUGGGAUGUCACCUAGGGUUGAGGAGUCAAUGUCAGUUGUUAACAACGAGAUAUUGCGGCGGCAUUUCUUGGAGCUCACUACCAAUUUUUUGGCUCCAUUUGGUCCAUAUUUUAGGACUAAGACACCUUCAGAAAGUUCUUCUCCAUUUGUUGACCCUCCCCCUCUCCCUUCAUUUAAUGCUGAUGAAUUUCUUGCAAGUUUGUCAGCAAGAGGUCCAGGGAAGUUCUUAUCAAAGAGAAUGAAGUCUAACUGGCUGGACUUGUACAGGCGUUUUCUUAGAGGACCCAACUUUAUGCCAUGGUUUCAAAGAAGGCGUGCUGUUGCUGAACAAGAACAGCAUAAACUGUGGAGGCAGGCAAGGAUGAACACUGACAUACAGCAGUUUAUUUCUAAAAGGUCUGAGUUGGAAAUUGUAGAUUCCUUCAAUGCCAUUGAGAGGCAUUUUCUUGAAGAAAUACAGCUGCAGGAAUCAGGAAGUGCUAGUGCAGAGUCUGUAUUAACUCGUCAGAAACUGAAGGGAGACCUGCAGGCAGUUUUCAAUGUGCUUCCUAAGGACAUGCAGCAGCUUCUUCUAUUAAACCCAAAAAGAGCAUCUCUUCUUCAAGGAAGUCCCGAAACGACAAAACUUCCUGGGCACCCAUCAGUACAAGUUGGGGUUGUGUCUUCCACAUUGCCCAGAUAAUAAAUAGCCUGGCUAGGAAACAUAUUGUGUAUGGUACAGAAGGUGUUCUCAUUUUGCUGAAGGACAGCAAAUGUUGAUUAUUUUUCAGCUUCCUCUGUUAUCAGACUGGGAGUUCUCUGACUUAGGGCACAACUGAUUAUGAGGUGAACAAGAAUUUCAAAACUGCUACUGAAUCACCUGUGCCCCAAGCACACUUGAAAUAAUUGGAACCCUACAAACAAAUUCGAUAUUUCAAAAUUUGUGGGGAUUGGUGUUUGCCUUUUUAAUGGAAGUUGAAGAUUUAUGUUGCUUUCAUUUGUGGGAUCAACUGUAGGCUAGAAGCGUGUAGAGUAACUCACGGAAGAGCACUCACUUGUAGUUUUUAUAAUCUCAAAAAUGUUUUCAAUCUAUACGGUGGGGCGUAUCUUUCAUGAAUAUCAAGGAUCGAGCUAUGUAAUGCGAUUGUUAGCACUAAACAGUUUCUGCAAAAUGAAGUGUUUUUUGCAA